UGGUUGACAUUGUUGUUGUUGUGGGAGCACGAAUGUACUUAGUCGUGAAGUCUUUUUAGGACAAGAAGCAAGACGUGUUUUUGGCAUCUACACAAAGCUGAAUACCAUAUUACCCAGGAGGAAUUGAUUUUCUGCGAAAGAAAAGCCCAGAGUGUGAGGAAAUGAGAGAGAAAUUCUGCGAGGCCGCUCGAGGUGUGGCCGAAACAGUCCUUCUGCUUUGAGGGAGAAUUGCUCUCCUGUCUUUUCUCUCUCCUGAUGCUUCCUUCUGCACUGUAAAUUCAUGAUCACAUGACUUUGGAUAUGGACGCAGUCCUGUCCGACUUUGUCCGUUCUACUGGAGCUGAACCCGGAUUGGCCAGAGACCUGCUGGAGGGAAAGAAUUGGGACCUCUCGGCUGCGCUAAGUGACUUUGAACAGCUGAGACAAGUGCAUGCUGGGAACCUCUCAUGCACCUUUGCUGAGGAGAGAGAAUAUCCCUCCAUUGAGCGGAUAGGGCAGCCCCUCUUGCAUCGCCAAGAUGAGGUUGUGCAAGGUACAAAAGCACUAGAAGCAGCCACGGAGAAGCGACUGUCGAGGGGAAUCUCUCAUGCCAGCUCCACCAUCGUCUCUCUGGCCCGCUCGCACGUGUCAAGUACGGACGGCACCAGUGAGCCGCUUCUGGACACUCCGCUCUGCACCUUCCAGUUGCCUGACCUCACAGUCUACAGAGACGACUUCCGUGGCUUCAUCGAGAGAGACCUCAUUGAGCAGUCCAUGAUGGUGGCACUGGAGCACACUGGCCGUUUGAACUGGUGGACUCGUUUGGGGACUGGAUGUCAGAUUUUAUUACCUCUGGCUACUAGUGGUGAUGGGAACUGUCUGUUACACGCUGCCUCACUGGGUAUGUGGGGCUUUCAUGAUCGAGACCUGAUGCUGCGGAAGUCUCUCUAUGCACUGAUGGAUCAUGGGCAGGAGAGGGAGGCUUUAAAGCGAAGGUGGAGAUGGCAACAAACCAUGCAGAACAAAGAGUCGGGACUGGUUUACACGGAGGAAGAGUGGCAGAAAGAGUGGAAUGAGUUAUUGAAACUGGCAUCUAGUGAACCCAGGAUACACUACAGCACCAACGGCAGCAACAGUGCUGAGUCACAGGAGGAGCCGGUGUAUGAGAGCCUGGAGGAGUUUCAUGUGUUCGUUCUUGCUCAUGUGCUCCGCAGGCCGAUAGUGGUGGUGGCUGACACCAUGCUGCGGGACUCUGGGGGAGAAGCUUUUGCACCAAUCCCAUUUGGAGGGAUUUACCUGCCCCUGGAAGUACCAGCCAACAAGUGUCACAGCUCCCCUCUCGUUCUGGCAUAUGACCAGGCCCAUUUCUCUGCCCUGGUCUCAAUGGAGCAGAAAGACCGUUCCAAAGAACAAGUGGUGAUCCCUCUGACGGACUCGGAUCAUAAGAUGUUGCCUUUGCACUUUGCUGUGGAUCCUGGAGAAGACUGGGAAUGGGGCAGAGAUGACAAUGAUAAUGUGAUGCUAGCAAGUGUAACCUUAUCUCUGGAGGCCAAGCUCCAUCUGCUGCAUAGCUACAUGACUGUCACCUGGCUUCCUCUACCCUGUGAGGUACAGCAGGCCCCAUUGGCCCAACCAGAGUCACCUACGGCAUCUGCAGGAGAGGAUGCCCGCACCCCGCCAGACUCUGGAGAGUCCGAUAAGGAGUCCGUCAGCAGCAGUUCCAAUGGCAAUGGAGACAGCAGCACUACUGGAACCAGUGGGACAACAGGCAAAACGAGUGGUGGAUCUUCCAGCUCCUCUAGCUCAUCCAGUAACAGUUCAACAGGGACAACCGGCACAAUUGGAAAGGAGAAGGGGAAGAAAGACAAAGAAAAGGAUAAGGACAAGAAACGUGCAGACUCCGUUGCCAACAAGCUGGGUAGCUUUGGCAAGAGCUUGGGCAGUAAGCUGAAAAAGAAUGUGGGAGGCCUGAUGACGGGGAAGAAUACAAUUGGAACUGGACACAAACAGGAGGGUCAAGAGAAGAAGAAAGGCUCUCUGAGAGGUCGUAAGGGCAGUAAGGACAGCUCUCCCUCUAUUCAAACCGGCUCUGAGGACUCUGGGAAAGGUUCACCCUCCUCAACCAGUGAGCGGCAAAAUGGAAGCUAUUCUUCAGAAAGUGACCCUUUUAAGUACAGCUCUGAUGUGAAAGUGAGUCUUAGCAUCCUCCGAUCUGCUAUGCAAGGCGAAAGGAAGUACAUCUUUGCUGCGGUACUCACUACAAGCAACCGGCAGCCAUUUCAGGAGGAAAUGAUCCAACGCUACAUGGUUGAUGCCGAGGAGCGCUUCCGUGCUGAACAGGAACAGAGAAGGGAUGCUGAACGGAAAGCAACAGGAGGUCUUGCAACAACUGCUGGGUCCCAACUGAAAAAGGACGGGCCUGAGCCGAGUUACCGAAGUUUUGAAAGCAAAGAGGAAGUUACUGAUAACUCCCCUCCUACCUUUAAUGCUUUGAAGUCAUCGUCUUGCAGCCCGGUGAUGUAUUCUGGUGUGGUCCCAAUCCCUAGGGCCACCUUCAUUGACCAUUCUCCUGCCCCACUCACGCAGCAUCUCCAUAUGCAUGGUUAUUUGGAUACACGACGGCAGCUGGCAGGAGGUUCACCGUCUUCUUACCCAGGCCUACCAUCCUAUGCUACUUUGCCCCGACACUGCCCCCUAGCACAGGGCCCGCCCCAUACCCAGUACCACCCACCCUCCACCAGCUUGGGCAGCCCAUCCCGUAUCAUCAGCCCCUGCCUGACGUCUUUUCCCCAAGACCAUGACCCAAUUGAUUACCAAACCGAGCCUGCUGGAGGCUACACGAAUGGCUUGCGGGAUGCACGAUUCACUUUGGACAGUCGCAACGGGCCGAUGCCCGUGAGGCAUUACUCUUUAGGCAGUGCAGGGGGCCUCGCCAACCUGCAGUCCAGCAGAUGCCGAACGCCUACCUGCAAUUACUACGGCCACCCCGAGACGGGCAAUUACUGCUCGUACUGCUACCGAGAGGAGCUGAAGAGACGGGAAAUGGAGCCGGCCAUACACAGGUUUUGAAUGGACAAUCUCUGUUCGGUUUCUCUCCUAUAGGACUCAUUGGAGCCCACCGUGUGAGCCACAACAUAUCCUGUUUGCGUGGAUCUUGCUUUAAGACAAGUUCGGCCUUUCUGAACCAGGUUACUGAGACUCGGCGUCCACAAUGAGUGGCCAUUGUGGGAAUGGAACUGCUGUUGUGUUACGUUUGCUGUGGCUCAUAGGCAGGAGCUUUAAGCUCCUCCCACAUUUGCUUGAUGUGGUCAUCCUCUUUCCUGUCUCCUUAUCUCCUCCUAGUGGUGAGAAUGUAAAGCAUAGGCAAUAGACAUUGGAGCACAGUGUGCUGUUGCAUCACACGAACACACCACAUACCCCAAAAUACAUGUUAAGCACAACCAGAAAAUCCGUAUAUAUACCCGCUGCAUUUGUAUACAUAAUAAUAGACAUUUCAAGUAGGAUUUCAGCUGCAAUCAAUGUAAGACUUGCCAUAUUGCGAGUGUAAGGCAAAAACACACGGUUACCUUCAAGUGAGUGUUAUCUGCAUUGGCUCAACGCUACAAUAAUUUAACUUGUACCCUUUUGAAGCCAUACCCGACUGGCUUAAAUUAGCUAAAAUGGUGCUUUCUCGUUUCUAAGAUGUUCAACUUCUGGAGCUGAACCUUGAUAGCCAAAGGUUUUGCUUUGGGUCUUCACAUGUCCAUAUUAAAAAAUCACAGUCAUUUGUGUUCUAUUAAGUGUUUCUAGAACAUUUAAAAGUGCAAAACCUUUCAAAUUUGUGCAAAAAAAGGAAGGAAAUCAGAUGUCAUUUUUCAGAAAUGGUACAUCAUACGGAAGGAAGUGUUCUGUUGGUUAUGUCAAUAAAUGACUUCUAGGUGCUCGCAGGUCUGAUGAAGUUGAUGAUGUUGAAACAAUUUCUGACCCCUUUAAAUGUUACUGCCCCAAAUGAUAAUGAUCGAUCUCCCCCAGAGCAGACCAAAUCAAGCACUUUUCUAAUGUCCAGAGCUUGUGCGUGUGGGUUCCAGACAUGACAAUGAAAAGACUGUUAUGUUGCUGUGCUUCUAGUCUAGCAUUUUGCUUUGUUCUGGAGGUAGAGCUUGCAGUUCCACUCGCGUGGACUGCAGAGGUCAGGGUUCGGCUGUAGGUGCCACUGUUGUGUGCAAGCUCACUUGUUUCCUAGUUGCCUUUUCAGUCGUAGUUCAGGGGGAUUGUUGAUCAGAAUAUCAACUUUUGUUUGAUUUUGGGUUCGCAGUGCUGAUUAUAGUGUUUUUGAUAUUUGUGGAUGUAGAGGGAUGCUAGCAGAUCUCUCAGUACCUCAAUUAUGCAAUGCACCAUGCAUCGAGAUUUUAUCUUUUCAAAAUACUAUUACACUGUUAAUAUACAGUAAAGCCUCCGAUAAAGCCAGCCAGAAAUGAAAAUACUGUUAUUAACUCAGCCUUGCACGCUAUUCCAAACCUGUAUGACAGGCAAAUACAAAAGUAGAUUGUUCUUUUCCAUACAAAAAAAAGUAAAUGUGGACCAUACAACUUCUACAGUAUAUUUCAAGUAGCCAUACAAUAACUUAAGGUAAGUAAUGGACCAGAAGUCAUUAUUCACAGAAAGUCUUCCGCUCCAUCUCACCUACUGGCAAAUUUGACACCAGUGAUGACAAACAGCGUUUGGUUCUUGUGUCUUAACUGAGCACAACAAGUCAAAGUGAAUGUGCGAAUGAGAUUUUGAGAGCUACGUUGGAGAGCAAAACUGCUAAUAUAGCACACAUGCAUUUUUUAUUUAUUUUUUUCUGUGAAUCUGAGUCUAGAUGUGUCAAACCAGUCUGUUACAUGUCAUUUACUUGUUUCUAAUUGUGCUCUGUUAAGAUAUUUAGUUACAGCGUUUUGACUUUGCACAGCAGAGCAAAUGUCCCCAUUUAAUUUCAUUAUAUGGAAAAGAGCAGACUGGACAU